CUGAAUUGAAACCAACUUCAUGUUGAGAGAUAAUUUUUGUCCCUAAAUAACCUUGUUGCCUAUAUGUAUGUAAUUUCUUAUACUUCUCACAAAUAAUGGAAAUAGUUGUUAAAAAAAAAAAAACGAUAAACAACAACUAAUUCUAAUGCAAUGGUGACAAAAGAUUGCCAAAAAAAAAAUUCUCAUUCAUCGUCAAUGGCAGUUGAAACGAUAAAGCCAUUGUUUUAUUCUGAUAAAUGAUUUGUGUCUAAGAAAAAAUUUAUAAAAAUAGUCAAACACCGGCUUAUCAUUAAUAGUAUUUUAAAUGAAUCGGCAAACCGCCUCGGUGAAUUCUUGUAAAAUGACAGCACCUAACUUGACGUAAGGUGAAACUAGGUGUGCGUAUUAUUCUACAAUAGUGGGCGUUCGGUAUAUAUAUAAUUGUAUAUAAAAGCCGCUAUUGAAAAGAAAAAGAAAAAAAUCAUGGAGUCCCAUGAAGAAGAAUACGUUACAUUUCCACUUUCUAAUGUACACGAUGGUUUACAACAGAAUGUUAUUUCCCAUGAGGAAAUAUGCGAACCUGUCGUUGAGGAAUGUGUUCUCGAUGAUGAUGAUUUAACAGAAGUUUCAGUGAAUGAGGCAAAUUCAUCAAGUAUCACCGAGGCACACGUGGCGGUGACAAUUUUAAAUGAUGGCCGCUCUGAUGAGGAUGACGAUGGCAGUAAUAUUUAUCCAGUUUAUAUCAAGGAGGAACAUCAAUAUACAUCGGGUGACGAUGAAUCGAUGGCUGUUGAGGCACUUCGUCAACUUGGUGGCAUGUAUCCAAAUUUUAAUGAUGAAAAAAAAAUUGGUUGCUCCAAUUGUUCAAAUACAUUUACACAGGCUGAAUUUGAAAAACAUCAUCAAACAUGUUUACCCGAUAAAUUUUCAUGUAGCACAUGUGGCGAGAAAUUUGAGAGAAAAAUUGAUUUAGUCAAUCAUACAGUUUGCCAUCAGGUCGAUAGACCACAUGCAUGUCGAACUUGUGGUAAUUUAUUUAAAUCAAAAUCAUUAUUGCAAGCGCACAUGACGGAAUAUCAUCAAAUUGAAAGACCACAUAAAUGUGCAAUUUGUGGCGCUGAUUUUAUGAGACCAUCGAGUUUAUCGAAUCAUAUGAAAAUUCACACAUACGUUGCUGGUCGUGCAAUUAUGCAAACUCAGGAGAAUAAUGUUGCACAAAGUUCUGAAUCAUUUAGAAAAUGGUCCGAUAAUAAUGUUAAUGAAACACAACAAAGUGUCUCGGUACCAUCGUCAUCGGUGCAAAUUAUUCAAAAUUAUGAUGUCUCACAAGUUCAAUGGUCAGUUCCUGGUUAUACAUUUGCAAAUGAGCAAGUUGUUGGUUCUCUUGGAAAUCAGGAUAAACUUGAUACUUUACAAGAAUUCACAGUUAUGCCAAACGGAGAAGUCACACAAUUUGAAUACGCGGCACAAACUGAAAUUGCUAAUCAAAUUGGAGAUUAUAAUUUGUCGUUAAAUUCAUUUUGCUCAUCUGAUGCAAUGGUAAAAGUUGAAAGUCUAUCAUUUAACGACAAUAGAAGAAAUUUUAACGAAGUGGAAGUAAUUGAAAAUAAAGCGUACACAUGCAAUCAAUGUGGUGUGAGUUUUAGUCGACCAAAUGCCUUGACAUCACAUGAGAAAACACAUAAUGCCAAAACAUGGGCGACGCCAAUUGAAUGCAAAUAUUGUGACAAACAAUUUCAAGAUGAAAAUCAUUUAGCCACACAUCAACAAACAUGUGCAAAGAGAAUAAUGCAAAAUUGCAAUGAACAAGGUUUGCCAAAUAGUAGAUGGGGUAAACACGCUUGCUCCGAGUGUGGCAAAAAAUUCACCACUAAACAGAAAAUGUUUAGGCAUCAAUGGAUUCAUAGAAAGAAGACACAUUGUUGUGAAGUUUGUGGAACACAAUUCGAGAAACAAAAUCAAUUAGAUGAACACAGACUUGCCGCUCAUCCAGGUGAUUCGCCUUUUACAUGCAACGAAUGUGGCAAAAGUUUUGUCUCACGACAAGGUCUUUGGGAGCAUGGACGUAUGCACGCCGGUAGUCCUGCUCAUUUUCAAUGUGAUGCAUGCUCAAAAACAUUCUCAUCACGUCAAGGUUACUUAAUUCAUCAUCGUACACAUACAGGUGAACGACCUUAUGGUUGUAAAUUUUGUUGGAAAGCAUUUCGCGACGGUGGCACUCUACGUAAACACGAGCGUAUUCAUACAGGUGAGAGACCCCACGUUUGUCCACUUUGUACGCGUGCUUUUAAUCAAAAAGUUGUAUUACGCGAACACGUACGUUGGGUUCAUGCGGCCGGUAAAAAUGAAACUGGAAUCAGUGGACCGCCAUUUCCAUGUCCACUUUGUGGUUCAUUGAAUCAAGAUCGCGAUGAACUUUGUGCGCACAUUGUUAAACAUUCGGAUCAAAUGAUUGCCGAGGCCAAGGCAAAAACACUCGCCAAUAAUAAUGCUCCAAAAUCAUCAACAACAUCAUCAACAGCAAAAUCGUCAAAGAAGAAAAAAUCAGGCUCAACAUCGAAAAUACAAGAGAUACAUAUGAUUAGUAAUACUGAACAAAAUGAGGCACUAUUGUCAAUAACUGAUUCAUCAAUGAAAUCGGAUGAUUCACAAAUUGUCGAUGGACAAAUUGAGAUACCAUAUAGGGAAAUUGUUGAUGUUGAUGUUGAUGAAGAUGAUGUGCGCUCUGAUCAUGGUAAUCAUAGUUUGACGAUAGAUAAUGAUUUGAUUAAUUCAACAAGUCAUGUUGAAGUGAUAACAACAAGUGCCACUAGUGCUCAUUUCAUUCCAUUUGAAAAAUUAAAUGAUUCAAUGACAAUUUUGCCUGAUAAACAAAGUAAUACAUUGCAUUUGAUAUCGAAACAAAAUGAAAAUUCCCCAGUAUUGACAAUUCCAAAUCCUCAGGGUAAUGAGAAUUUUUCAAGUCAAAUUGUACACAUUACAAAUUCAGAUUUGCCAAUGAAUGUUGUGACUCAUAGUGUAAAGGAUGGUGAUUUAAAGUCUGAUGUAAAUGAUGAGACAAGUUUGAUGCACGAUGAGGAUUUGAAAAAUGUUGUUAUUCAUGAAGAGCAGUACGAUGAUAGUGAUGAUGGUGACGAAAUGGUUUGUGGUAUUUGUGGCGAAGAUUUUCAUGAUAAAAAUGUACUCAUGGAACACGUAAAAAUUCAUAUUUAAUUUCUUUAUUUUUAAUCACGCUUCAAAUAUGUGAUAUUUUUUUUUUUUUUUUUGAGGAUUUUGUAACGAAAAUGGUCUUUGAUUUUUUUUUGAGAAUUUUUAUAUGUUUUGAAUUACAAUUUAUUUUCAGGACAAUUUUUUUUUAAUUCGGAAAAUUUAGUUUUGAAUUUAAAUAAAAAUAUAAUCCAAACGGUUAAAAUUUAAUUGCACAAGUUAUUUAGCGAAAUUUGAGCUUAAAAUCAUUUUUUUUCAAACUCUCAAUUGUGCCUAGUGGUUUAAAGUAAAUACUUAAAAAAAAAUUUGUGUUAGAUUCUCUCUUUUUAAUAAGGCGAAUAAAAGACAUUUAUUUUAUAGAAAAAUUAAUGUUCUAAAUUGAAAAAAAAAAUAUUGUAAAUUUGCACAUCUCCGGGGAAUAAAUUUUAUGAAAAUAUAAUCUUUUGUUUUUUUAACAUCUUGACGAUGGACAAAACUAUUAUUGCACUGGAGACUUUAGAAUUAAUAUUUUUUAUUUUUAAGUGUGAUACCAAUAACUAUAGAUUAAAUAUUUGUUUUUAUUCUCUUUAAAAAGUAAGUAAAAUGUUGAGUAAAAUAUUGGUAUAGAAUUUGCUUCUCAUACGGUUAUGUUGUGUCACAAAAGUCACGAAAAUAUUUCAUUAUAUUUUUGAAAUAUUAAUCGGUGCUCUUGUCUCGAUGUGUAUUUUCUUCUAAAACAAAAAAAAAAUUAUUGUGGAAAAUUACGUGAAAUCAUGUAAAUCAGUUUUUCUGAUUAUUACUUACAUUCUUGUAAAAGUAAACAAAAACAAAAAAAUAAACAAAAAAAUUUGUAUAUUGUAUGAAUGUAGAAUAUAAAUGUAUUCAAAGAAA